AAAGAUUCUUUAGCUUAUAAAGGAAAUGGAUAUGCAUAUAGCUAUUAUCCUGUUAGUGAUUCACCCUAUUUUGAAAAAUUUCUAGCCUGUCAAUUAUUCAAACAAGGUGUUUCUUUGUUACCAUUACAUUUGAAGUUAAGCGGAUCUUGCAAAGCACGUAUUUCUUACAUGACUGAGAAAACGCACGUUAGAAAAGCUACAGAGUGUUAAUGUACCAAAAUUCGCCGACGAAGCUAUAGAAAGUUGAGUUAUUUAAAAAGGAAUAGUGCAUAAAGCCACAUACUGACCGCGAUUUAAAACUUGGUUUUGAAUCUUAAUGAGGGAAAAUUAUUUUAUGGCAGGCGGCACGGAAAUUGAGCGGUUCUUCUGAUGCUGUUUGGCUAACAGCUCUAGGAAACAGAUCAGACGAAACGAUUUUCCAAAGGAAGGUUCAGCUAGCUAAGAGAUUGCAAGCUACAGCACCGUCGUGUUUAGUUUAUAAAAUGAAUUUUUAUUUCCAUGUCAACUUGAUCAACUUUCAAAUUCUACUUCAGAUCGUCGUCUUCCUUGGCGAUCUUUGCCAGUGUUCCACUCUCACAUACCGCCCUAGUUCCAAUCGGUGCAAGGGAAAGGAGCUAGGAGAGAAAAACCAUUGCAAGUGCAACGAAAACGAAAGACUGGGAAGAAUAAAAGGCUUGGCUAAUCUUCAAGAAAUCAAGAAUUCUAUUAAUGAUAGCGACUCAUACUGGAUAGGACUAAGCUAUGAAAAAAAUAAAGGUUUCUGUUGGAUAACGGAGAAACACGAUAGAUGUACAGAGCAUCCUGCGGACCAGGACUCGCUGACCAAUAUCAUUGAAGGUGAAAAGAGUGAAUGGAACUCAGGGUGGUACUGCUUUUUGACCCGUAAAGAGGAGCCUAAGAUGCAAGCAAAGAAAUGCAAUGAAAAUAACGAUGAGCGCUUCAUCUGCGAGAAAGAAAGUCCGUCGUCCGAGUUAUCACCAAAGCACUCUUCGUCUGAUAAAUCGAUGCGACCCGAAACAAAGACAAACAUAGUGACCGCAACGGAUCCAACAUCCAUCGCAAAGUCUUCAGUGGUCAUGAGCAGCUUGCCAAGUUUAACCACAUCAAGAAUGUCCAUAGAAAUACCAACUACAAUUUAUUUAGCAAACGUGACAACAGUUACACUUGCAGGAGUCGCCUCGCUGUUAUUAUCAAGCACACCAGUUAAUUCAGGUUUCACAAGUAAUAUGAUGAUAACGGAGCCUAUAAUUAUGGCAAACAGCACCAUAAGUGAAGCCUUGAUCACACCUGCAGCUCUAUCUUCACAAAGAGAAGUUCUAACCGACAGAACCGAACCUUCGGGGGGUAAACUGUCGUCUAGGGAUGAGUUACAGAGGUACCAUUCAGUCAUACGGUCCCUCAACGCAAGCUCUAAAACCUCUUUUCAGAUUGCAAGGAAUGCGACAAGCAGCUUAAUAAGGUCUUUAAAAAAUGACAAGACUGACAAUAACGACAUCAAUAUAUUGUCAGCCAUCCGGCAGUUGGAGACAUUCGCCAUUAGUUAUGGCAGAAUUAAUCUCAAAGUAAACGAGAACAAACUCAUCUCGAACGAGCUCUUUGCAAUGAAGAUUCAUAAAGUGCCAGCGGACAACAAAAAAUCAAUUAUUUUCUCUGUAGCGGAGACGAAAUUCUCUGGAAACGGGGGUAAAGCAAACAUUUCUCUUCCUCCGGGAUUGUUCAAAGGACAAGACUCUGUUGUUGUAAGCACUCUUUAUGAUAAUAUCAAACGGUGGAUACCUGCAUCAAAACAUGCUGAGCUGGACGGAAAGUAUUUUUCAAAGCUUAAGCUGAGAAGUCGCGUGAUUGCCGGUGCAGUGUAUCCUGAGCCAUCUGGUAUUCUUGAGGAAAACAUUACGAUCUCAUUCAGUUAUGAUGAGGAAACACUACCUGCUAAUGUUCCUCACUGUGUUUUCUGGGAUUUUAAUCGCAAAUCGGAGGUGAAUGGUUCCUGGUCUGGUACAGGAUGUUCACUGAUUCAGUCAGACGAGCAACAAGUCACGUGCAGCUGUAAUCAUCUCACAAACUUUGCUGUUCUUAUGCAAGUUGGAGACAAAACGAUGUCGACAGACCAUAAAUUGGCAUUGGACGUUAUUACUUACGUCGGUUGUGGCCUGUCACUUGCGGGAGAAUUGUUAACUAUUAUAGCCUACUUGUCCUUAAUGAAUCUAAAGCAGGAGCAAAUUCAAAUUCAUUUCAAUCUUGUGGUUGCUAUAGCGAUAGCACAAUUUACAUUCCUCUGUGGAGUAGACUUUUCAGAAUUAAAGGGAGUGUGCAUCUUCGUAGCGACGUUAAUCCAUUAUUUUUAUCUGGCUGGAUUUGUUUGGAUGUUGUUUGAAGGAAUUUACUUGUAUCUAAUGGUUAUUAAAGUUUUCAAUACCGUUGUUAAGAUGCGCCUGUUUUAUGCCAUUUCCUGGGGCUUUCCCCUGUUCAUGGUGGUGUUAUCAUUGCUGGUCGCCUCCGGUCUGGAGGAAGGUAUUAACAGCUAUGUUCAUGGUGAAUUUUGCUGGGUAUCCUUCAGUAAUAAUCUGAUCUGGACAUUUGUUGCACCUGUUCUUGCUGUUUGCAUGAUUAACUCCGGACUUUUAACUCGAGUUAUCUAUGAGAUCAUUUGCAUGCAAGGCGACAGAACGUCUGAGUUCGGGAAAAUCAGGCAGGGUUCGAAAGCGAUGUUGGUACUGUUUCCGCUCUUGGGCCUGACAUGGGUGUUUGGAAUUCUAAGCGUAACAGAUACUGGUCUGGUGUUCCAGUAUAUCUUCACCAUACUCAACUCAUUACAGGGUUUCUUUAUCUUCCUUCUUCAUGUUUUAAAGAAUGGUGAGGUGCGAGCAGCUUUUCGUAGAAAAAAGAAAACCUGGAUGGAAUUGAGGAACAUUUCAACGUCUCGGGUUUCUUCCCAUAGCAUGACCGUGCCAAAUAAGAAGUUGAGCGAAGAAGAAGCAAAUGAACUGAAAAACAUGGGAAGAGAGUCGAACUCUUCUGUGGUUGGGUACAUUAAUCGAACUUGUGUUAAAAAAGACAGAACGCUAACCCCUGUUCAAAUGUGAUCACUUUAAACGUGUCUCGUUUUGCCAA